UUCAAUUCACUUCGUGCGCAUUUUUCUUUGUACUUUGUAUAUUAAUAUGCAAUACUUUAAUCGAACAAUUUAUAUCAAAAAUAUAUAGAUAUUAAUAGUAAAAUGAAGUUCUCUGAUCUGCUAAUAUUUGUAUAUUUACAUGUAAUCUGCGAAGCUUAUAAGCCUGUAGUAUUAAUGCAUGGAAUUUUAACAGGAAGCAAUAGUAUGAAUUUAAUAGGCAAACGUAUUCAAGAGAUACACCCAGGAACAGUUAUCUACAAUACUGAAAAGUUUGCAGGUUGGUCAAGUUUAGAGCCAGCUUGGCGUCAGGUUCAUGAAAUAAUUGAUGAUAUAAAAAAUAUUUCUGAUAGUCAUCCCGAUGGAAUACACAUCAUUGGUUAUUCUCAAGGUGGCCUUCUGUCCAGAGUUGCAAUACAAUCGCUUCCCAAUCACAAUGUGAAGAAGCUCAUAUCUUUAAGUUCACCUCAAGCUGGUCAGUAUGGAGCUGCAUUUUUGCAUUUGAUAUUUCCCAAUUUGGUUUGUAAGACGGCAUAUGAAUUAUUCUACUCACGAAUUGGGCAAUAUACUUCUGUGGGUAAUUAUUGGAAUGAUCCAUAUCAUCAAGAUCUGUAUAUGAAUAUUAGUGUUUUUUUGCCAUAUGUUAACAAUGAAUUACAUUCUUCAAAAUCAUCUCAAUUCAAAAACACUUUGAAAAAGUUAGAAAAAUUUAUUUUAAUUGGUGGACCAGAUGAUGGAGUUAUAACACCGUGGGAAUCAAGCCAAUUUGGAUAUUAUGAUGAAAAUGGUGAUGUUAUUCCAUUGAAGAAGCGUGAUAUUUACACUAAAGACCUCUUAGGAUUACGUGAUAUGUUUAUAAAAGACCAGUUAUUGUUUAUAACAGUUCCAGGAGUACAACAUUAUGAUUGGCAUCUUAACACUUCUAUAGUAGAUAAUUUUAUCUUGCCACAUCUAGAUUGAUUUUAGGCAAUAUAAAAAAAAUGUCUUGUAAUAUAAUUUAUUUUAAAUACAAAAUUGA